AUGGACUCACUCAUUCCAUACGUCAUUCAAUUCCCUCAAAUUCAUUCCAUCCACUGUCCCUAUUUUUUUUUCCAUUUCAUUCUCUUUCACCCUACGUCACAAACACCGCCCACCACCACCACCACCACCACUUUCUAUCGUCACCACCCGCCAACAACCUCCGCCGACCACCACCACCGUCCUCCGCCGCCACUGCCAUCGACUACCAUCGCCGCCACCCGCCAUCACAGACCCCGACCACUACCGCCACCCUCCACCAACAACCAUCACUAUCCUCCGUUGUCACCACCCGCUACCGUCGACCACCACCACCCACCGUCGUCGCCGCCACCACCACCCGUCGCCACCACCAUUGGCCAACAUCGACGCCACCCGCCACCGCCGACCACCGCCACCCUGACCACUACCGCCACCCUUCGCCGACCACCACCACCCACCGUCGUCACCACGACCACCACCCGUUGCCACCACCAUCGCCGCUACCCGCCACCGUAG